AUGAUGAAAAAUGGAUCUUGUUCUAUCCUUGAUCAGAGAUUUCUCUAUGAAAAAUACGAAUCGGAGUUUGAAGAAGGGGAAGAAGAAGGAGCCCUCGACCCGCAACAGAUAGAGGAGGAUUUAUUCAAUCACAUAGUUUGGGCUCCUAGAAUAUGGCGCCCUUGGGGCUUUCUAUUUGAUUGUAUCGAAAGGCCCAAUGAAUUAGGAUUUCCCUAUUGGGCCGGGUCAUUUCGGGACAAGCGGAUCAUUUAUGAUGAAGAGGAUGAGCUUCAAGAGAAUGAUUCGGAGUUCUUGCAGAGUGGAACCAUGCAGUACCAGAUACGAGAUAGAUCUUCCAAAGAACAGGGCUUUUUUCGAAUAAGCCAAUUCAUUUGGGAUCCUGCAGAUCCACUCUUUUUCCUAUUCAAAGAUCAGCCCUUUGUCUCUGUGUUUUCACAUCGAGAAUUCUUUGCAGAUGAAGAGAUGUCAAAGGGGCUUCUCCUAAGUGAUAAAAGAAAGAGGAACUCAUCUUCUCGACUCUGA